AUGAUUCCUCGCGCCGCGGCAAGACUUUGCCUGGCCAUCCUCCUCGUUCUUCCGGUAUGCCAACAUACAGCUCUGGUCCGAGGCGACGCCGAUUUUCUCGAUGUACGGACCAAUCUAGAGAAAGACCGGAGUGGAAAAGGUGGAGACCCAAAAGACAAAUACUUCCAUGAGUCGACUUUCCAUCCUCACUAUGACGGCCGCUUUGCCGCCAACCAGCUGGGCAAAGAAGACCGACUCCCCCAUCUCACCGCUCUCAUGCAGACUUUUCUGGCGACUAUGGCGGACAUUGGUGCAGAAACCUGGAUCAUGCAUGGCACAUUGCUUGGAUGGUGGUGGAACCAGAAGAUCUUGCCCUGGGAUUCGGACAUUGAUGUCCAGGUGUCCGAACCUACAAUUGCUUUUCUGGCCAAAUAUUACAACAUGACCGAAUAUCACUUCAAGCUACCCGGAGUCAAGAACGGCAGGACAUAUUUAAUGGAGAUCAACCCCCAUUUUACCAUUCGAGAUGUGGAGGAUAAGUUGAAUGUAAUUGAUGCAAGAUGGAUUGAUACCCAGACGGGCCUGUUCAUCGACAUAUCCACUGUUCGAGCCAAUGAUACCGCCAGAGCAGAAGGAAUUCAAGGCGCGCUCAUGUGCAAAGACAAGCAUAAAUACUUGGAACAAGACAUUUUCCCCCUCCGAGAUUCUUUCUUUGAGGGGAUCCAUGUCAAGAUACCAUUUGAAUAUGCGUCUCUUCUAGAGGAAGAGUAUGGAAGGAAGGCACUUACCUUGACCACAUAUGAACGCCAUAAAUUCAAUCAGACAAGCAAAUUAUGGGAACCGAUCCAAGAUACAGCAUCACCUCGGCCGGCGCGACCCAUGCGAAGGCCGCCCAUGCCUGAGCAUGCCUAG